AUGGAUGAUGCAAAAUGGGAUCCAAACAGGAGAGCGUUCCAAUUUGGCAAAUCGGCCGUCCUGCUUUGGUUUCGCCGCGGCAAGGUGUUGGCAAGAUCCUUGACGGCGGGGAGGGGCCGGCGGGGAGUGUUUACCUCAGGCUCAGGCCCGUCUGGCGGAGGCAGCGGCGGCGGCGGGGGGUCGUCGUUGGGGCGCCGACGGCUAGGGAGGCCGGCGGGAUCCAAGAACAAGCCCAAGCCGUCGAUCAUCAUCACGCGGGAGAGCCCCAACACGCUGCGCUCCCACGUGCUGGAGAUCGCCAGCGGCGCCGACAUCAUGGAGGCCGUGGCCACCUUCGCGCGCCGGCGGCAGCGCGGGGUCUCCGUGCUCUCCGGCAACGGGGUCGUCGACGACGUCACCCUGCGCCAGCUCGCAGCGCCGCCCGGCUCCGUCGUCACGCUCCACGGCCGCUUCGAGAUCCUCUCCCUCUCCGGCGCCUUCCUCCCGUCGCCAUGCCUGCCGGGAGCCACCGGUCUCGCCGUCUACCUCGCCGGUGGGCAGGGCCAGGUCGUGGGAGGCACGGCCAUCCGGGAGCUCGUCGCGUUCGGGCCCGUCAUGGUCGUCGCAACAACUUUCUCCAAUGCCACCUACGAGCGCCUCCCGCUCGCCGGUGAAGAGUCCGGGGAGGCGGCCGCGGCAGCAACCGGAUCCAACGGGAUGCAGCUGCCGGAUGGACCGGCUCCGGGAGGAAAGGGCGGGAUGGAUGCGGCAGUCGGCGUGCCCGGACUGCCAGACCGGUCGUCGAUGCCAUUCUACAACUUGCCGCCCAACCUCAUGCCUAAUGCUGGCGGUCAGAUGCCACGCGACGUGUUUGGCUCCUUUUGGUCGCCACCGCCGGCUUUCUAG